UUAUAACCAAAUAUAAUAUAUAUAAAGUAUUCAAGUAACAAAGUAAUUCAUAAAAAUUAACAAAAGUAGCUAGUAAAAAUACUUCUAGCCUAUAACUAGCUACAGUGUUUGUUAAAAAUGGUAGACAUAAAAAAUAAUGUAAAUGAAAUACAUGAUAAUAAUCAUGAAUCAAAGAUCAGAACUAACAGUUCUGAUACUGUACCAUCAACACCCUCCUCAUCAUCCGACUACAUGACAGGAGAAGCAGAUGACAGUUCAGAGAGCAAAGUUGUUAUACCAUUUAGUUUAAAAUCAGUGGAAAAUACACUUUCACUAUCUAAGGAUACAUCUGAAGAAUACCUUAAAGAUAUGAUAGACGAAUGUAAGCUGAUGGUGUUAGAAAGUGCAGAAUGUUCAGAUGAGCGAAAAUGGCUUGUUAGACGUUUAAUUGAGUUGCGUUUGAGAGUGCAAGAAUUAAGAGAAACAUCAAAAGAAAAUUUACUUGAAACACCAGUAAUUUUAGGACAUCACUUAGUACCACAAAAAUAUUAUAUCACAACUUCUGGGCCUGCAUAUUGUGAUCAUUGCAGUGGAGCUAUUUGGACUAUGCUCCAAUCAUGGUAUAUGUGUAGUGAUUGCAAAUUUUGUUGUCACUGGAAAUGUUUAAAUAAUAUACGUAGAGUAUGUGUUCAUGUGAUUGCCAGUGAAACAGGUGGUUAUACUUAUACUAAAGAUAUUUGUCCUGAACAAGGUUUAUCAAGUCAAGGAUAUAGAUGUGCUGAAUGCAAAGUUCGAAUAAUAUUCAAAUCAGCGUGGGUUGAGUCGCGACUUUGUGACUAUAGCGGAUUGUAUUAUUGUCAAAGAUGCCACUGGAAUACUGCAAUGGUAAUUCCUGCAAGGGUAAUUAGAAAUUGGGACAUGGAACCGCGGCUCGUAUCUCGUGCUGCUGCGCAGCUCCUAACACUUUUAGAAGAACGUUCUGUUUUAUUACUCGAAGAAUUAAAUCCAAAAUUAUUUACUUUAGUUCCAGAUCUAUCUGUAGUAAAGAAGAUGCGGCAGGAAAUGCAGAUGAUGAAACGUUAUUUAGUUUUGUGCCCAGAAGCUAAUAAUCAAGGAUUGCCGUGGAAAAUUGGAAUACGUAUUCAUAUGAUAGAAAACUCUGGGAAUUAUUCAAUUAGAGAUCUCAUUGAUCUUAAUAAUGGAAUGCUUCUAGAAGAAAUUCGUACUGCAUAUGAUACUAUGCAUACUCAUAUUACAGAACAAUGUGAAUUAUGUAAAGCAAGAGGUCAUUUAUGUGAAUUAUGUGGCAAUGAUGAAAUUAUAUAUCCAUGGGAUGCAAGUUCCAUUAUUUGCCACCAAUGUUUGGCUGUUCAUCAUCGUGCAUGUUGGUCAAAACGAAAUCAUUGUUGUCCACGAUGCACAAGACUUCAAAAACGUCGUUCCUUGCAUGAUCAACAAACUUUGGAUACAGAUGACUGCAUUACAGAAAAUGGAUUGGACACGAGUGAAACGCCAAGUGAUACAACAUAAACAUUAAAUAUGGCCCAUUACGGCUAUUCUAAUUUGUAUAUAUAUCGUGUUUUAUGCAAUUUAUAAAGUUUAUAAAAUAAAAUUAAAAGAUAUUCAUCAAAUUUGAACUCAUAAGAU